CACCGCUCUUCCCUCUUUCCUUUAGAUCCCGAUAAUCUCGGGCAUUCAGCUUGUGAUCACUGUAAUUUGCUUUAUCAGGCUCUAUAAUUUAACUGGAAGUGAUGGCGACCAUGUACGAACUAAAACCAAUUUUCGUACCAGAUGAUUUGUCUGAUCUACCAACAUGCAUGUAUCGCCUUAAAAAUCUUCACACCUCCUCAAAUGAUGCUGAGGUUAUAAACGCACCAAACAGAACUGCAACUCAACAGUGCAACGGUGGUGAGACUGUUGAACAAUCGCCAGAAAUAGCUAAGCUGGAGGCGGUGCAGGAGGAUAUAUUGCAGAAACUGUCAAACCUGAUAAGCAAACUGGACAAUAUCAAGAAGUUGGUCAAAGAGCCGAAAGCACCCAUAAAACAUCAACCAAACACGACAUCGACAAAACCAGCUUCUAUUGAGUUAGUAAAGCUGGCUGAUGCGGCUGUUACAGCCAAUCCAUCUAACCCUCCUUACGGACUCUUGGCCCUCCGCACGUUAUGGUCGAAUGAAGUGAGCAUAACCCUGUCCACUCAUGCUCACUCUACCCUGAAGUAUGCCCUUCCAAAGGCAGUAAAUGAUUUGUUCAACCUCCCCACUGAACAGAGGGGAUUGCCUGUGCUCAACAUCCGUGUCAUCUGGGCUGAUGUGAAGCAUCCUAAGAUUGUCACCUCCCCUGCCUGCCAGAUAAUCUAUGGCGAAGUCAAUAUUCUUCGCCUCCUGUCUCGCUUUGGGCCUACAUUUACAAACAUAGACUCCCUGCCUCCUGAAGAUGCAUCUGCAGCUGAUCAGAUGCUAGAUUCUGUCCAUGGGGCAAUCAACGGGCAGACGGAGUUUAUAAAUAAGUUGUCUCUGGAGCCAAGUGGAUGGCUGCUGAGCAGAGGUCCCAGCAUAGUGGAUGUUGCCCACUGGUCUUAUUUCAAGGGCAAAAAGUCAGCUCGAACCCCUUCAACGCUCUCUGGUUGGUCAAAGAGUUGUGAGAAACAUUUUGCCACAACUCAAUAACUGUCAACUCUUAAUUAAAAGUUACUUCUUUGCUGAAA